GCAUGGCCAAUCAAUCAUUAAUGGCCUCCUCGUACAUACCAGUCAACAUACUCGUAGUACAAAUAGACCUCUUUUCCGUAUACAGGAAUUGAGCAGAUUUCCAUUUUAUCAAAAAGAUCUAUAAGCCCGUAUGGACUUGAAGGGAAAGCCUGUUGACCAUGGCUACCACAUGCCAGCUGAGUGGGAACCGCAUUCCCAGUGCUGGAUCGGCUGGCCAGAACGGCCAGAUAACUGGAGGGACAAUGCUGUGCACGCUCAACAUGCAUUUGUUAGUGUUGCACAUGCUAUCUCUAGAUUUGAACCUGUCACUGUUUGUGCUAGUUCAGCUCAGUGGAGCAAUGCGCGUCAUCAGCUACCAAAACAUAUCAGGGUUGUUGAAAUGAGCUUAAAUGAUUCUUGGUUUCGAGAUUCCGGUCCUACGUUUGUUGUUAGAAAAUAUACAGAAACAUCUCAAAGUCUUGAGCCAAGUGUUGCAGGGAUUGACUGGACCUUCAAUAGCUGGGGAGGAGUUGAAGAUGGAUGCUAUGCAGACUGGAGUCAUGACCUUCUUGUUGCAAGGAAGAUUUUGUCCAUUGAAAGGCUCCCCAGGUUCCCUCAUACUAUGGUUCUUGAAGGUGGAAGCAUUCACGUAGAUGGAGAAGGUACUUGCCUCACUACAGCUGAAUGUCUAUUGAACAAAAACAGAAACCCUGAUAUGUCUAAAGAAGAAAUUGAGACUGAACUUCAACAAUAUCUCGGGGUUAGCAAGGUCAUUUGGUUACCUCGUGGGUUAUUUGGUGAUGAUGACACAAAUGGUCAUAUAGAUAACAUGAGCUGUUUUGUGAAGCCUGGGGUCGUUUUAUUGUCUUGGACUGAUGACAAGGCAGACCCUCACUAUGAAAGAUCCUUGGAAGCUCUUAAUGUACUCGAAAAUUCUACUGAUGCAAAGGGUAGAAAAUUUCAAGUGAUAAAACUCCAUGUGCCCGAUCCUCUCUACAUGACAGAAGACGAGGCAAAUGGUAUAUACAAGGAUGGCGAUGCUAAACCAAGGCCUCAUGGUACACGGCUUGCUGCUUCAUAUGUAAACUUCUACAUCGCAAACGGUGCAAUUAUCACUCCUCAAUUUGGAGACAAGAAAUGGGAUGAUGAAGCAGUUCGGGUUCUCUCACUUGCAUUUCCCAAUCACGAGGUAGUAAGAAUAGAAGGUGCAAGGGAGAUCGUCUUGGGGGGCGGGAAUAUACAUUGUAUCACACAACAGCAGCCACUGUUGUGAUCAUGAAGGCUGACAGCCUCAAUGGUUCAAUCUCUGUUUGCCUGUUUACUCAUAUAAGAAUUACUAAUACAUUGAUGAAAGAAGAGUUAACGGCUUCCGUGAUAUGUGGUACGGUCUGCUGCAUUUUUAUCUAAGUUCGCACAUCUUAAGUUCUAUUGUGAUGUUUAACAAAUAAAUGCCUGUCUAUUGAUGUCAAUGUAAAAUUUGAUUCUUCAAAUAACAAGUAUGGUAUUUUACUACCUGUUUGCCUGGAUUUAACAAGGUUUUAUAUCCACAGCUCUUUCCUAAUAGUUUAGGCCCUCAGGAUUAUUAGGGACAAUAGUUUUCAAUAUGUUUUUUUGUCGGUAGAUUCUACGGUACCCAUAAGGUACCGUACCUUUGUCCACAUGGACCAAUAAGAAUGUUGCAGUUGAAUUAUUUAAAUCUAAAUUAAAAAUGAUAAAGUGAUGUGGUCCAAUCAAAUGAAUAGUAG